GAGCACGGAAACCUGCACAGAUCUCUCCAGCAGAAGGAGAAUCCGCGGAGCAGCAGCGGUAGAUGAAAGCAAAGAGAAGGAACACGGCCUCAGCCAUGUCCACGUCGCUGAGAGUGAGCCCGUCGGUGCACGGCUACCGCUUCGACACCGCGCUGCGCAAGAAAGCCGUGGCCAACAUCUUUGAGAGAGUCGAUGAGGAGUCGUUGCAAAAGCUCUUCAAGCACUCCGGGGACAAAAAGGCAGAGGAGAGAGCCAAGAUCAUCCUCGACACUGACCAGGACGUGGAGGAGAAAGCGAGAGCGCUAAUGGCUCUGAAACAGAGGAGGAAAGACAAGCUCCUCCAGUUCCUGAAAUUCCCCAAAUACUCCAUCAAAGUGCACUGAGCUGGAGGGAGCAGCCAUGGAGGAGAACGUUUUGGGACGAGGCUGCCACAGGCAGCACACUCCAUGCUGGGCGCUGCUGGGAUGCUCAUGUGCCCGGUGCUGCCGGCAGGAUGCUGCGUGCCCGGUGCUGCAGGUGGGAUAGGACGCUGCCGUGCCCAGUGCUGCAUGCCCGGUGCCCAGUGAUGGUGCCUGGUGGGAGAGAACCACCUCACCCCAUCCCACAGCACCGCAGCAGCGAGAUGAGCCAACUGCACCCAUUUGCUUCGCCUGCCUGAACUCUUACCUGAAGUUUGAAACUUUCCAAGCCUCGCUGUUGUCUGCAGAACGGAGAGACCAGACAUUGAUCAGCUCCUGAUCAUCCCUCAUUCUGCAUUUGUUGAAAUGCAUCAAAGUGCAUCGUGUGACUGCAACACAUUCAGCCUUCAGGGAAUGCACUGCCCUAUGGACACUGCGACUGUGCCUUUUCUUUCUGUGCAUGCAUUAAGAACUGUUUGCACAAAAGCAAUAAUAAUGACAAAUUUCCCUGAAUUUACUGUGAAUUGCCUUAAUAUUUUUGUUCACUUCCCAUUAACAUGAAUAUUUAAACACCGUAAUUGCAGUUCAUAUUUGUAUUGAUUACAUUCGAUAUUAGACAACUACUUCAUGGUAUUAUUUUAUGGCAACGUUGUCAUGAUUUUGACUAUAAUUUAUUUCAUAUGGCAACCUGAAAUUUAAUAAAUUAUAAUGUAAAUAUAA